UUUGGGGAUUAUGAUUGUCGACACCGUUAUUUUGAUUUUGAUCGAGGGAUUGGACUUUAUUCAUGCCUUGUAUUGUAUCAGUAUAACAAUCACAAGUGCAGGUACCGAAAAAUGCUUCUCAACAAAACUUGGACGAAGCUUCGCAAUAUUCUGGAUGAUAUUUGGUGCUCUUUAUAAAAAUUUUGUGCUCUUUACUUUUACCAAGGUAUACACAGAAAUAAAACAAAGGUCAAAAGAGAAGAUAAAAGCGAUGGCUAUAAAAAUACCGAAGCCAGCGAUGUUGGGCGAGAGAGACGACAAGAAAGAUGAUAAGAAGUCAGACAAGAAAGACGAUAAGAAGCCAGACGAUAAGAAGCCAGACGAUAAGAUGCCAGACGAUAAGAAGCCAGACGAUAAGAAGCCAGACGAUAAGAAACCAGAUUAUAGCAAUCAUGUUCCAAUACUCAUUCAAGAGCUAAUAGAGGAGGGGGUGCUCAAAUACGAAGACAUAGAAGCUUUCAGGGCAGAGUUCAGAAAACUCGGCCCUCGUGGCACGAAUAGGUUGACGUUACGUGAAAUUAUGGCGUCGUAAAUAUAGUUGUGAAAUGAUGUGUUAAUGUCCUCUAAAACAGCCACUUAACGCAUUAUAUAAGGAUGUUACUAUUGAUGGUCUUCCUACUUUCUUACAAGUA